AUGGAUAGUCUAGGCUACUGUUGUGGUCGACAAUAUGUUUAUUUACCACAAGUAAUGUUUUGUUAUGGUAAUCAAUUAUGUUGUCAAAUUCUACGCGAUGGAAAUUAUUAUUAUUAUAAUAAUCAGGAAUCGUCUCGUUUUAAUCUAUCCGGUGAUAAAUAUACAUUUUGUUCGAAAUGUUUUGAUUCAGUUAAAAGUGAUUCAAUACUUGUCGGUGAUGAUCCAGCUCAAACAUUAGUUGAACUACCAAAAAAUUUAUUUGUAUCAGCUAAAAAUGAUAUACAAGAACCUGAAAAUAUGAUUGACUGUAUUGUUUGUACACGUCGUUGGCAUCAAGUUUGUGCAUUACAUAUAGAUCAAAUAUGGCCCGAAGGUUUCAUAUGCAAAACAUGUAUACGUGAUUAUAAUAUAAAACGUAAAGACAAUCGUUAUUCAGCUUACAAAUUAACUGACACUGAUUUAGCUAAAGUGUUAGAAAAGCGUGUUAACGAUUUUCUAAGUAAUGAAGGUUGUCAAACAGGUCGUGUCACUAUACGUAUAUUAGCUGCAAGCGAUAAAGUAUGCGAAGUAAAACCACGUUUAAGAAAAUAUUAUCAUAAUCAAGUACCCGAUGGUUAUCCGUAUCGAACAAAAGCUGUAUUUGCAUUUCAAGAAAUUGAAGGUGUCGAUGUUGUUCUAUUUGGUAUGCAUGUACAAGAAUAUGAUGGACGUUGUCAUGCGCCAAAUACGCGACGUGUUUAUGUAUCAUAUUUGGAUUCAGUACAUUUUUUUCGACCGAAAGUCUAUCGUACAGAUGUUUACCAUGAGAUUUUAAUUGGAUAUUUGGAUUAUGCAAAGAAACUUGGCUAUGUUUAUGCACAUAUAUGGGCAUGUCCACCGAGUGAAGGUGAUGAUUAUAUAUUUCAUUGUCAUCCAGUUGAACAACGUGUACCUAAACCAAAACGCUUACAAGAUUGGUAUAAGAAAAUGCUUGAUAGAGCUAUUCUAGAACGUGUUGUUAUUGAUUAUAAAGACAUUAUGAAAGAUUGUCAAGAUAAUCAAGUACAAAAUGCUUUAAGUAUUCCCUAUUUUGAAGGUGAUUUUUGGUCGAAUAUCAUUGAAGAAAGUAUUAAAGAACUUGAUCAAGAAGAAGAAGAUCGAAGAAAACAAGAAGUUGAAGCUGCAAGAGCAAUGGAAGAUGGUGGUUUCGACGAUCCUAUCGAACCAGAAGAUCCGACAGAUAUCUCAGAUAAACGUAAAUCUGCAAAUACGCAUAAGAAGAAAAAUCUCAAGAAAACAACAGCUAGUCAAAGAAAAGUAGCAAAGAAACAAAUGUCGAACUGUACAGAUUUAUUAUCGAAAAUCUUUGCUACAAUGGAAAAACAUAAAGAAGCAUUUUUUGUUAUUCGUUUACGUAAUCCUAUUGCAUCAUGUCCAGCAGUAAAUGAUACUGAUGCUUUAAUACAAUGUGAUUUAAUGGAUACACGUGAUGCUUUUCUAAAUUUUGCUCGUGAUAAACAUUAUGAAUUUUCAUCGUUACGUCGUGCGAAAUUUUCUACAUUGGCAUUAUUAUACGAAUUACAUACGUCAACAACAGAUAAAUUUACUUACAAUUGUAAUGCAUGUCGUCAACAAUGUGAAAUACGUUAUCAUUGUACAGUAUGUGAUGAUUUUGACUUAUGCGAAAAAUGCUAUCAUACUGAACCAAAACAUGAACACAGAAUGGAACGUUCAGUACCAUCUAUUGUUGAUGUUAGUCAAGAUGGUGAACAAAAUUCAUUAAAUAGUAACGAUAAAUCUAUAGCAAGUCCACAAUUGCAACGACAACAGUCAAUGCAACGUUGCAUUGAAGCAUUAUUACAUGCUGUUAAUUGUCGCAAUGCUAAUUGUGUUAAUCGUAGUUGUUUUCGUUAUAAACGUGUUAUACAACACACAAAAGAAUGCAAAGGAAAAAAUAGUCAAUGUAAUGUAUGUAAACAAGUUAUUUUUCUUUGUUGGUAUCAUGCGAAAAGUUGUAUGGACCUUAACUGUCAAGUACCAUUUUGUACUAAUCUAAAAACAAAAAUACAGAAACAACGUGCAACUAGUUUGCAAACAGAUAGACGUCGUAUGCAAGCUAUGAUGCAACAAAGGACGAAUACCAUGCAAACACAGCAACAAUCACAAUCGCAAUCACAAGUACAGCCAGUUUCGAUAGCCGCAUCUACACCAUCGCAUUCAUUUGAUUCAACUGGUAAACCAGCACCAGUAACAUUAAUUCGUGCGCCACAACCAGGAGCAUGGUCCAAUCAAACAUAUAUAACAGUAGCGCAAAAACCAAAUACUGGUAAACCAAUUCAACAAGCCCCAAGUCAACUAAGUGUACUAAUCGGACGUGUUAAACAAGAUCCAUCUAUAGAUGAUCAGCAACGUUCAGAUACGAAUGAUUCUAAACAGUUACUAUAUCAAACAUUAGUAAAUAAAGCUCCUGUAAACCGUUUACCAACCACAACAACAACAUUUAUUCAACAAGCCAACCAACCGCAACAAUGGCAUACUUCAGUAUCUCAAGCUCAGUUAAAUCCUCCUCCUAAUUAUACGACAGCUACACGUCCUCGACAUCCUACUAUAAUGCAACAACAAAGUCUAAAUCAAGCAACAUCACAUACACUAUUAGCACCACUAAGAGCCAGUUCUUCAACGCCACCACCAUCUACAUUUAUAGCACGAACGAGUUCAACACCAAAUCUAACACGAAUACCAUUGAAUGUAACGUUAGCAAGGCCAUCACAAUUUCUUUCUCAACAACAACAACAACAACAACAACCACAAGAUCCAUCUGCACGCUGA